AAAUAUAAAGAACAAGUCGUCGAUCAUUUUCCUUCAAAUAAAUUCCCCCUAUCUACUGGUGGUAAUAAUAUCAGCGCUAACGGACUAACCAAAACUAACGUACGUUAAUAUCAAAGUCGUCGUAGAGACUUCAAAAUUUGAUGCGUUACCUUGAAACCCAGAGCAAAAACAGCGUAGUAUUACUUGAGUGUUUUAUUUAAAAUGAGCGCUAUUAAAGCACUAUUUCAGGAAUGUAUUUUAACAGACAAACGCUCCGCACGCGUACAUGCCUUAACCCAGUCCAACUUAUCGAAACCAAUCGAAAUACAUCCAUCCAUCGAUCGUACCAUCGCACUCUUUCGUUUAUUUCAGUCGGUUAUAGUGAUCGCGGUUUGAUGUUCUAGCUUUGAGAAUUGCAGUUUUUGCUUUUCGUGUGAAACCUCUACCGUUACAAAGGUUCACUUAAGUGUAAGUAUGGCGAAUUUGUUUCGAGCACAUGGUGAAUUCUGUGCCACGCAUCCCUGGGAAGUAAUAGUAGCUACUGUUACAUUGACGGUGUGCAUGUUAACCCUCGAUCAACAAAACCCCGUUCCCCUUUCAAAGCCUUCUGGUUUCAAAUUAUGUACGGGAUGCAUACAUGAGGCAGAAUAUAACGCCGUCGAUUUGAUAGCAAUGACUUUAGUGCGUUGCGUUGCGGUCUUGUAUUGCUACUAUCAGUUUCGAAAAUUACAUAAACUUGGAUCGAAAUAUGUACUCGGUAUUGCUGGUUUGUUUACUGUAUUCUCGAGCUUUAUAUUCACAUCGACCUCUCUCAAUUUACUAAGGAUACACGUAAGCGAUCUUAAGGACGCGCUUUUUUUCUUUUUGUUGCUGAUAGAUCUAAGCAAAGCCGCCACACUGGCUCAAACCGCUUUAAACGCUUCGAACCAAAAAGAAGCUAGGACUAAUAUAGCCAAGGGCCUUGCGGUCUUGGGACCUGCCAUAACUCUCGACACCGUUGUCGAAACACUAGUAAUAGGUGUUGGGACACUCUCAGGAGUCCAGAGGUUAGAGAUGUUAGCAUGGUUUGCUUGUUUGUCAGUAGUGGUUAAUUAUGUGGUAUUUAUGACGUUUUAUCCGGCUUGCCUUUCGCUGAUAUUAGAGUUGUCUCACUCAACGCGCGAGCAAACUAAAGAGUCUCUCAUCGUUCUAUUCAAAGAAGAAGAAAACGCGAAGGCGAAUCCAGUAGUUCAACGCGUAAAACUGAUUAUGUCUGCUGGAUUGAUGUUAGUUCACGUCCAUAGUCGGUGGCCGUUGGGUGAGGGCGCAGUGAACAAAAUCGCGUCUAUAGUGGAACGAACACAAAACGGUACAGAACAUGCCAGUUUCAUUCAUGGAUAUUUAUUAAGGUGGAUGACGCUCGGCGCUGACCACAUCGUAAUACUAAUCCUUUUGACGGCGCUGAUAAUAAAGUUCAUACUGUUCGAAACCGAAGAAGACGCUCCGGAUCAUUUGCACGCUCGUUAUAUGUCUGAGAAGUCGGCAAAUGUCAGGAAAUCGUCCCAAAUGGCGCCGUUGGACUUUAUUAUAUCCGAAGGUAAACGCAUUACUUCCGAAUGGCGCAAAGGUAAAACAUUUCCCAAUUCAGAGACAACACUUCAAGACAAAGAGGUGCAAACGAUUUCCGCCGUAGAAGUGGCCAGCGAUCGCUCCUCCGACUCGGUUUUGAUUUCAAAAGUCUGCAGAAGCCUUGAGGAUUGUUUAAAGAUAUAUAAUGAUCUCGAUUUAGGAGCCACGGAACUGUCAGAUGAGGAAAUAAUUUUGCUGAUUAAAAACAAAUACAUUGCUUCCUAUCAGAUUGAAAAGGCGGUGGACGAUCCUGUAAGAGGGGUCGGAAUCCGAAGGACUAUAUUAGGAGGGGAUCUCAUUAAAUUGCCGCAAAUCUUGGAAGAUUUACCAUACAAAAAUUAUGACUAUUCAAAAGUAAUGGGCGCUUGUUGCGAAAAUGUGAUCGGUUACAUACCGAUGCCUGUCGGAUAUGCGGGACCGCUUAUUCUAGAUGGGAAAGAACUUUAUGUUCCCCUAGCUACAACCGAGGGAUGCCUCGUGGCGAGUACCAACAGGGGUUGUAGGGCUCUUAAGGAGUGUGGCGUAACGAGCACCGUGGUCGGGGAUGGAAUGACCAGAGGUCCGGUAGUGCGAUUUCCAUCUAUACUUCGAGCAAGUAAAGCCCUGAAAUGGAUGGAACAGGCGGAGAAUUUUGAAAAACUUAAAACCACUUUCGAUUCCAGUAGUCGAUUCGCUAGGCUCACUAGAAUAACGACAAGGAUAGCGGGAAGAUUUUUAUUCAUAAGAUUCGUCGCCAAAACGGGUGACGCGAUGGGAAUGAACAUGCUCUCAAAAGGUACCGAAUAUUCUCUAAAACGUGUUCAGAAGGAGUUUCCGGAUAUGGAAAUUUUAAGCCUUAGUGGAAACUUUUGCACCGAUAAAAAACCAGCCGCGAUAAACUGGAUUGAAGGUCGAGGUAAAUCGGUAGUUUGCGAAGCCGUUGUCCCAUCUCGAGUCGUAUCCUCAGUAUUAAAAACCAACGUUGCUGCCUUGGUCGAUGUGAACAAUUCCAAAAACAUGGUGGGAUCGGCGAUGGCGGGCAGUAUAGGAGGAUUUAACGCCCACGCCGCGAACAUUGUUACCGCCAUUUUCAUAGCGACCGGGCAAGAUCCUGCCCAAAACGUCGGAAGCAGUAACUGCAUGACUCUCAUGGAACAUUGGGGACCAGCUGGAGACGAUUUGUAUAUCUCUUGUACCAUGCCCUCAAUAGAAAUAGGUACUUUAGGAGGGGGUACCAUGUUACCGGCUCAAAGCGCUUGCCUAGAAAUGCUCGGAGUGAAAGGUUCCAACUUAUCAGAACCUGGCGCCAACGCUUGUCAACUGGCGAAAAUUGUAUGCGCGACGGUUUUGGCAGGAGAGCUUUCUUUGAUGUCGGCGUUAACUGCAGGCCACUUGGUAAAAAGCCAUUUGAGGCACAACAGGUCCACUACGGUGUUGCCGCAAAUUGACCGCAACCAAAAUGUGUUGCUACCACCUUGUCAGGACAACAUGUAGAAUUAAAAUUGUA